AGCCCCAGUUCUGAGAUGAUUUCUCACCAUGUAAGGAAGCUCCAGGGCUAACAAAGGCUCUUGUUACUUUAUUAUCGUCUCACUCCUGUGUUCUUCGGGAAUGCCACUGUGCUUAUGUGUCUGGUCUCUGGGAGCUGUGGUGGAUGGACACUGAUGACAGGUAUGGUCUUAAGAAACUCCUAACCUGGAAAGGUAUGAGCUUCAGAGCCAUGGGACUGAGACUUGCUCUCCUUGUAAUAGCAGCCUUCCUGUUCUGUGGUGCUGCCUCCCUGAAGAUUCAAGCUUAUUUCAAUGAGACUGCAGAACUGCCAUGCCCGUUUGUAAAUUCAAAAAACCUAAGCCUAGAUGAUCUGGUAGUAUUUUGGCAGGACCAGGAAAAUUUGGUUCUGUAUGAGAAAUAUGCAGGGAAAGACAAAUCUGAAAAUGUAAAUGCCAACUAUAUCGGACGGACAAGCUUUGAUCAGGACAAAUGGAUCCUACGACUUCAUGGAAUUCAGAUCAAGGACAAGGGUGUGUACCAAUGUUUUGUUCAUCAGAGGAAGACACCCGGAGGAAUGGUUCAUGUCUACAAGAACAGUUGUGAGCUGUCAGUAAUUGCUAACUUCAGCAAACCUGAAAUAAAGCAGAAUUCAAAUAUAACGAGAUACUCUCCCAUAAAUGUGACCUGCUCAUCUAAUCAAGGCUAUCCAAAACCUCUGAAGAUGUUUUUCCAGCUAGUAACUGAGAAUUCAACUAGCAGCCAUGUUGGUAACAUGCUGGUAUCUCAAGAUAAUGUCACAGAACUGUACAACCUUUCCCUCAGCUUGUCUGUCCCCUUUCCUGAUGGUGCAGUCAACGUGACCAUCUCUUGUAUCCUGCAAACAGAGUCAAGGAACCUUUCCUCAUUACCUUUAUAUAUAAUAGAUUCCAUGAACACAUGUGACUACACUGAAAACAAACUUAUAAUCUCUUUUAUGGACAUUUAG